UUUGGGAUUGUUGUGAUGGGAGGACGCGGCCAUCUUGGUUCAGUGCUGUUCCACUGUCCAGGACGACGAACGACGUAACGUUAAACCGAGCGAGCUAAUGUUAGCUAGCUUGUCGGAGAGAUUAACUAUAAUCUUAAUGUCGCUGUCUGGCGUUAACGUUACUACGAUUCACACACUCCAUUCUGUUCGGCUACCGAGUGUGUGAGAAUGGCUACAUACUCUUUUUGGCGCUUAUAGGACCGAAGUGGGCGACGGCGUUGCAGCAGAUCCUCUGUAUAUUUUUUAUUUUCUGAAUAGAGUUACUAUGAAUGGAGGAUAAAUGUUGCCAAAGGCUGACAGCAGCAGUUUCGUCCUCCUCUCUCUUCUCUUCGUCCUCACGUUAACGGACCCGCCACGGACAGGUCCGCGGCUAGCUCUGGCAAGAUUAUUGUCAGAGCAGCGCUGCAGCCCUGGGCAGUUUGCCUGCCGCAGUGGGAAGAUGCAGUGUAUCCCAAUGUCCUGGCAGUGUGACGGCUGGACAGCAUGUGAGGACAAGAGUGAUGAGAUGGACUGCCCCCCUAUGAAGGAGGAAAGGUUUCGUUUUGGCAAUGGCUUCGAUCAGGUGGAGGAUGUCAUCGGUGUGGCCCAGCCUGUUCGCUUCAAUAAGAAGUGCCCCAGUGGGUGGCACCACUAUGAGAAGACUGCCAGCUGCUACAAAGUCUACCUGAGGAAUGAGAACUACUGGCAGGCCGUGGAUACCUGUCAGAAAGUCAACGGCUCGCUGGCCACCUUCGUCACCAACGAGGAGCUGCAGUUCAUCCUGAAGAUUGAGGUGGACUUUGACGACAAAGUGUGUGAGCGCAGAGACCAGUGCAAGUUUUGGGUGGGCUACCAGUAUGUGAUCACCAAUCAAAACCACUCACUAGAGGGCCGCUGGGAGGUUGCAUAUAAAGGGUCAAUGCAGGUGUUUCUGCCACCAGAGGGCCUCACAAACUUUGGUGAGGCAUCUCCCACCCAGGACAAUGUUUUCUGUGCCCAGCUGCAGCGCUUUCAGAUCAAGAGCAUGAAUGAGCGCGGCCUUCACAGCUGGCAUGCAGAGAACUGCUACAAGAAAUUCCCCUUUCUUUGCAAGAGGAGGCAAACGUGUGUGGACAUCAAAGACAAUGUUGUGAACGAGGGCUACUACUUCACCCCCAAAGGGGAUGACCCUUGUCUGAGCUGCACGUGUCAUGAUGGUGAGCCAGAGAUGUGUGUAGCGGCGCUGUGUGAGCGUCCGCAGGGCUGCCAGCAGUUCCGCAAAGAUCCAAAGGAGUGCUGCAAGUUCACCUGUCUAGACCCAGAUGGAAACAGUCUGUUUGACUCCAUGGCCAGUGGGAUGAGACUCAUUGUUAGCUGUAUCUCCUCCUUCCUCAUCCUCUCCCUGCUGCUCUUCAUGGUGCACAGACUCCGUCAGCGGCGACGUGAACGCAUCGAGACACUCAUUGGAGGAAACUUGCACCACUUCAACCUUGGAAGACGAGUCCCGGGCUUUGACUACGGCCCGGAUGCUUUCGGCACCGGCCUCACUCCCCUGCACUUGUCUGACGACGGAGAGGGAGGCGCUUUCCACUUCCAAGAGCCUCCUCCACCAUAUGCCGCUUAUAAAUACCCCGACAUCCAACACCCUGAUGACCCCCCGCCUCCAUAUGAAGCCUCCAUCGACCCAGACAGCCUCCUCUACGUGGACCUGGGGCACAACGGGGUUUCAAUGAUGCCGAGCCAGAUGAACGCCGUGGUAGACGGGCUCCAGGCAGACGUCCCGGACAGCUCGUGUCCCGUGCCAGACACGAUGCCAUCAUCUCAGGAGAGGGAAGAUUCCAUAGAUAGCAGCACGCUCCUGGUGGGGCCUGACUCUCCCACGGAUGGCCACGCCCCCGACUCCAUGCCAGCAGAAUGCAGCAGUGGCUCCUCCCUGAGCACUGUGGUAUAGGACUGCAGACAGACAGGACGGAGCUGCACUGGGACACACCUGCUGGCUAAGGGAGGUCAUGCUGCUCCAGCUGUCACUCUGGGAGGGGGGGGCAGCAGAUUGCUCUAGCUUUUAGGGAAGAUGUUGGCUGCAAUGAAGAUAAUGUGACAGAUAAGGAUUCACCUGCAACAGUUUGUACAUCUUCGGCUUUAUCAGAGGAUGGAACAGUGUUUUCCUUGAGGCUUCACGUUGAAAGGAGACACACCCCUUCUCCACGCUGGCCUUUGGAGACAGUAAUAGUACGACAGACUGUUUUGGUUUUUGUCUAUUUUUUCCUGCCAACUGGUGGAGAAGACACUGGCGUCUGAGGGAGCGGACAUGACUCUUUCUGUACAGUGAAGAAUAACACUACAAAAAACCGAGAAGGCUGCACUUUUGCUUUUAGUGUUUACUGAGCAAAGCUUUUGAAAUGUCUCAGAUCUAGCUCUCCAGUCAGGAUGCCCUGAUGUAAAUACCCCCCCCCCACCCAGGUCUUGCCUGUUGAAUUUGUUGUACUUGUCUGUCAGAGUCCAACACAAGGCAAAUAGUGAGAGAAUCGUUCAGGCCAGCUUUCCUUCCUUCUGCUUUUUGUUGGCAUCGUACCAUUGUUGAAAUGGAUAUAGAUAUUGGACCUUCAGUUUCCAGGCUACAAAUAUCGUGCUCAUUAGCCCUGCCUGUUGCAAUGAGUUUCAUUUCUCCCCACUGAAGAAAAUGAAUCAUAACUUCUCUUUCUUAGUCGUCUAAAGCAUCAAGCUGUCUUCCAGGUUCAUAGAACAUAUUUGCCGUCAAAAAUGUUUUGUACUUUUGAAAGCUGCAGCAUUCUUGCAGUAAGGUACGGUUAGUGUUUGUUGCAGCUUCCUCCUCUAUCGUGUUUCUUUUUACUAGGUAAUGCUGAAACAACAUUAUAUAUCAGAGAAUGUUCAUGAAAUGAUAAAAGAAACAAACAGUGGAUUUUUUUGUAACACUAAAUAUUUGAGUCAGGUAUUGUGUUGCGCUGCUGAUCUUUAUGACGGCAGGCUGUAAGGCAUUGAUUGUUCAUAUCCCAUCAUAAAACAGUCUGUCAACUCCCCACUGAUCAGGUGAAAGUGAAGAUGCUUUUCAAGUGUAUAUUUUUGAGCAGGGAUUAUAUCCCUGAAUGAAAUUUGAAGUAACCGGCUUAUUCGAGGUAAAUGUUGAAUUUGCCAUCAGUAAUAUACUUUCUAUAGCCACAUUUUGCAGGGUAGUUGUGUAUUUGCUAACUGAACCAUGAUUAAUUCAAAGCUUGGUAUUUUGCACGCCCAUCCCUUGAUUACCAUAUCCUUUUUUGGGUCAUUUGCUUCACUGAUAUUGCUGAACACUUUUAACCUAUCAUGCAUCGGUAACUGAAAAAGCUGAAAAAGAGAAGAAACUUGUCACAUUUGGAUGCUGCCCCUAAAUCCAUGAUGCAUUGUUUUUUGUGUAUGAAUCUUCAUGCAGUACAUCUGUUAUUUUAAAUUUGACCUCGCUUGCUGAGGCUCAUUUGACUAUACUGAAUAUUGUACCUGAUUUAGCAGUAUACUUUUUCUGUUUCGGUGUUGAUAGGUCUGCUACCUUUCUUGUUCAUGGAAAUGACUUACCAUUUCAGAAAGAGAAAAUGUAAAAAAGGCAAGGAGAAACCUGUAAAUGAUAUAUUUGGAGCGAUUUAGACCCCAAUAUGACAAUCCAUUUCUUUUUCCUGCUCGUUUCCCUGUGGAGCUAAAAGGCCAAAGGAGUUGAAAGCUUAUGUUUCCUGGCCUGUGAAAGCAAAGCACAAAGGCUCCUCGGAGGUUGAUCGGCCUGUAGUCAAACGUAUAGCGCCCCCCUGCAGUCAGGACCAGCAGUGACGCAGAGCCCACAUCACCAACUCGAUGGGAAUCUAGCAUACAUCGCCACCAGCAUUCAAACUGCUUGUGAUCUGCCUUGAGAAAAGCAGCCGUGUGUCUGUCUGUCCAAAUGAAUGAAUGUGUGCACGACUGAGCGUCCUCUGUUUGAAUGUAUGUAGCAUUACAUUUUUUUUUUUAAUCUUUUUGUGCUGUUCUUUCGGCUUAUUUUAUUCUUUAUUAUUAUUAUUAUUAUUAUUAUUUUGUUUUUGGCAUUGACAAUCCACAGUGGAUUAUCCAACAAAAUGAUGUUUUCAUAAAUUGUGAAAGUAAUGUGUGCAUGUGUGUAUAGGAGACGGUGUUCUGGUUUUGGAUUGUAUUUUUUGGAUCAAGUUGGUUACGUUUUUUUUUUUUGUUUUUUGUUUUUUGUUUUUUCAACCUGGGUUUGGACCUAUGAUGCAUGUUUUUAAUCUGCGGGCAUGCUUAGAGAUUUCUUUUCUUCAAAUGGAAACACUUUUGCAUUUCAGUUUGUCAUUUCGGUUCAGGCACAGUUCUGAGAUACUCGGCUCUCGUUUAAUAUCUCCAUUGAAAACUUGCCCACAGCCACAACCCAAACUGCUGCAUUUACACUGUAGUUUUGUGAUAGACUAUGGUGGUGUGACAACAAAUUUUAUUAGAUUUUAAAAUGUUUUAUGUAUAAUAUGUCAAAUGCUACAUUUCAUUGUCUUUUAUUUCAUUGCUUUUAAAUUGUAAAAUGCUUCAUUUCAUUUGCGGGGUGGGAGUUGGGGGGGUGGGGUAUUUUUCUGAGGUAGAUGUACAUCUAAUCAAAUGCCAAAUAAAUUGCACCAUGAAGGA